CUAAAUGUCGCCUCCUUACGACAACCACGGCUCCUCCCGCUCGCGGCGAGGCGUCUGGAGCCAUUGGGUGCCGCUUGCCAUCACCCUGACCGUGGCCACGGCGGGCCUCGCCGCAUGGGUCUGGAGCCAGCGCAAGGAGAGCGCUGAGGACCACGCCGAGCCCGAGCCCGACCUGGAUUAUGAGCACGCCGACUAUGGGGAGAAUCCCGCGUACGGAGCCUCGGCGGAGAGGCGCAGGAUGGCGCCGCCGGAGCAGCAGCGCGACGGCAACUACGCGGUUGGCGCCGAGAUGGGCGAGGGCACGUCGGGAUGGGGGUCGCGAAUGACGAGCGCCUUUUCGUCGAACCCGCAGACCUUCCUCGACUCGACUGGGAAGACGGUUGCCGCCGGGGUCGCUGCCGCCGGAGCCGCGGUCGGCAAGGCGCUGGCCUCGAUCCGCGAAGAAGACAGGCCGGAGCCCGAGACGAACCCUUGGUCCGAGAACAGAGACAGAGACGUGCGCAGAGAAAAGGGACCGGCGCCUGCGCCGAAGAAGCGCAAGACGGUCGCCAUUGUCAUCUCUGCCGAUUCCCAGUUCGCGGACGACGACGACGACAUUACUCACGAACAUGCCUCCAUCUUGAACCAUAUCCCUCGGCACAACGACCUGUCUGCCAUCAAGCUCUUCGUGCUCAUCUACGCACCGGGCUUGAAAGACGGCACGGGUGAAGCCGCUACGACUCAAACUCCCGAGGCUAAAAGCCCAGUACUCGGUGCUUCGCCAGAAAACACCUUGUUCAAUGCCGUGUACUCACACGCCUUGGCUCUGGUGGACAAGGAAACCAUGAUUCUUCCCUUUACCACCCCCAACGGCCACACUCACAUCCUGCGUCACCUGCAGCCCGACGUCAUCUACCUGCAGGAGUCGCUUGCGGGUGACAACGGUGGCUACGUCGCCAACAUGCAGACCUGGUUCCGCCACGACAUUGUGCUGGUUGUGGGAGCCGAGGAUGGAUCCGGCGGCCUGGCCGACAGCGAGUCCGAGACGGAGAAGGCCGACAAGCCCGAAAAGUGGUGGCAGAAGCCCGAGCGUGUUGGUCGCGGACGCGGCAUCAUUGUUGUCGACAGCGUGCGCGUUAAUGACGAUUGGGUCCGUAGAGUGCAGGGCCGAGAAUAA